AUGGCAUUUUGUUGUGGGAGCGUCAUUCAGCGCGUGAGACGCCAACUAGAUAUGGAGACUUUGGCAGGCGAGACCACCCGACAUGAACGACAUCACACCUUUAAAAAGGACAACUUGCAGGAGGGUACAUUAGUGUGGAUUGCCCCCGCCAAGGCUCUGCCACAUGAUAAGAAAAAUACGUUUCGGCUAUCUCGUGGGGAAAAGAGCCCACUGACCCUGAAGGAGGCCCAGUUGUUUUCCAACACACCAUACGCACGUGGAUUUAGUGAGUACAUCUACGAGGGUCAGCUGAGGCGGAUUAGAGAGAUGGAGGAUCGAACAGAUCCUCGUAGUGCUGUGCGGCAAGGGUACGGCCUAUUUUGUUACCCCAAUGGUGUUUAUUAUGAGGGGAAGUGGCACCGCGGUAAGCGUCAGGGCACGGGUUGUAUUGCAAGCUUCAAAGGAUACAAAUACACAGGCGAAUGGUGUGACGAUGUACAAGAGGGAAACGGCUGUGAAGUGUUUGCAUGUCGAGCGGUCAUUGAUACACACUAUGCGAAUGGCCUUCCACAAGGGGAAGGUGUUGUGAUGUACAACCCCAAACAAAAUGCUUACCGUUACGAAGGUGGGUGGCAAAAUGGCAAACGCCACGGGAGAGGAGUUAUUUUUUAUGCAAAUGGGGAUACUUUUGAUUGUUCAUUUGAGCAAGGCAGGCGACACGGACGUGGUGUGACAACUCAGACAGUAAACGGAAAGGAGAUUCAGUAUGAAACACAGUGGCGUGACGACAAACUUGUCAGCAUUCCACGGUUAAUACCCAAGGCUCUUCGUACAAAGAAACCAGUUUCAUCUAUUCCAUUUCGAACAACAGGGUAUUUAUUACCUGCUGAUCUUAUCAAUUGGACUGUACAACAGGGGACGCAGGAUCUCUCUUUUGAGCACUUUAUGCAGUUGAAGUUAGGUUUUGAGUCCUUGGAUGUAGUGGGGCGUGGAUUCCUUUCAAUGAAGGAGCUCCGUGCUUUGUGGCCUGAAAGCAAUAUGGACAUGCUACGCAAGUUUGAUUCGGAUGGCAAGGAAAGUGUAGAGUUAUUUGAUAUUAUCUGUGCCUGGUAUCCCCGGGUCUUGCCACAUGAUAUUGCUCGCAUGUUGCAGGAGUUUAUCUCACCGUUUGAUCUCUUUCGUCUCAGGGGGUUUCUUAACGGCAUUGAUAAUGCAGACGGCAUGGGUUAUUAUCACAUCUGUGGUGAUGCAUCCCCUGCAACUGGGAUGGAGGGUCAUCGGCCAGCGUUACACCUUCGAGAGCUUGAGACUGCGGGGUAUCGCAUUGGUGGGGAGAAGUUUACUGCCGCCAACUAUUCUGCUGCCUGUCAGUUGCAUGACCCACCGCACUUUGUUGAUGUCUUAGUGGUGUGGUAUCCGAAUGUUUUGCGUGUGGUAUUGGAGCAGUAUGAGAUGGAGGAGGUUGCGAACGAUAUUUUGGACGCUAUACGGGUUGAUUUUAACCGCUAUGCGCAUUUGUCCACGGACUCUGGAAAAUACUUGUUGAUUGAAGAGUUUGUUCAGGCUGAGGCCGCGUAUCGCGUUCAGUUGUGUGCCGCUUAUAUGAGCAAUGAACGUACGCGGGGUGCCAUGCAUCCAACUUGUUCUGCUCUUUCCACCGUGGAAUGCACCUCAUCCUCUAGGAGCGCCAUUGAGACGGAUAUGCGUCCGGGAUUUCUCAAAGGAGCUUCUGUGUGGAUUCUUGCUAACCGGAUACGCCUGAACGUACCGCUACUUCUUGAGAUUGAGAGGUUUCAUGUACGUCAAAAGGGUCGUGUCACUCUUGAUGAGCUGCUUCGUUUUUGUUUUCCUAGCGUGCCCUGUUUGUACACACGGCAAGCCAUUCUGGGCAGCUUUAGCGAAACACAUUGUAGCUGCAUCCUUUGCAACGCAGCGAUGAGGUAA